UAUAUUACGGUGAACAUUUUUUGAGGUUUCUCCGUCUCAAAGGGAACAGAGAAACACUCAAUAUAUUUCAGUCCCUAAUUUCUUUGUUUCCCUUUGAUUCCUCCUCUCUUUGGAUGGCCGGCCAAACAGUCAUUGUUUCCGGUUUGAAUCCGGCGGCCAUUCUUCAAUCCACAAUCGGCGGAGCUCCGGCGGAGAACGGCCACGCCAGAAAAGUUGUUCCUCUCUCAAGAGAUGCACUCCAGGAUUUCAUGGUUUCGAUCAUAACCCAGAAAUUACAGGACGAAAAGCAACCCUUUUAUGUUCUAGAUUUGGGAGAAGUUGUCUCCCUUAUGGAUCAAUGGAACACUGCUUUACCAAAUAUCCGUCCAUUUUAUGCUGUAAAGUGUAACCCUGAACCAUCAUUUCUCUCUAUGUUGUCUGCUAUGGGUUCCAAUUUUGAUUGUGCUAGCCGUGCUGAAAUUGAGUAUGUUUUGUCUCUUGGUAUCUCGCCGGACCGGAUUGUUUUUGCUAACCCUUGUAAGCCGGAAUCCGAUAUAAUUUUCGCUGAAAAAGUUGGGGUUAAUCUCACGACUUACGAUUCCGAGGAAGAAGUUUACAAGAUCCGUAAGCAUCACCCGAAAUGCGAGGUUUUGCUUCGAAUCAAACCGAUGAACGACGGCAACGCGAGAUGCCCAAUGGGACCAAAAUACGGCGCACUACCGGAAGAAAUCGAGCCUCUUCUCCGUACAGCUCAAGCAGCUAGGCUCACCGUCUCCGGCGUUUCCUUCCAUAUCGGCAGCGGAGACGCCGAUUCCAACGCUUAUGUAGGAGCCAUAGCUGCUGCUAAACAAGUUUUCGAAACAGCGAAUCAACUUGGUAUGUCGAAAAUGACGGUGUUAGACAUCGGCGGCGGAUUUACCUCGGGCCAUCAAUUCACCAUCGCCGCUCCCGCCGUUAAAUCAGCCCUGGAACAACACUUCCUGAACUUCCCGGAGCUAACAAUCAUUGCCGAACCGGGUCGGUUUUUCGCGGAGACGGCGUUCACUUUAGCGACAACCGUCAUCGGAAAAAGAGUAAGAGGUGAAUUAAAAGAAUACUGGAUCAACGACGGGUUGUACGGAUCGAUGAACUGUGUACUUUACGACCAUGCGGCGGUGACGGCGACGCCAUUAGCGUGCAUGUCGAAUCGGAAUAACCUCAACUGCGGCGGGUCGAAAACGUUUCCGUCGACUGUAUUCGGGCCCACUUGUGACGCGCUUGAUACUGUAUUGAGGGAUUACCAGUUACCGGAGCUACAGGUUAAUGACUGGCUGGUUUUUCCUAAUAUGGGUGCUUAUACAAAAGCUGCUGGAUCGAAUUUCAAUGGAUUCAAUACAUCCGCCAUUGUUACUCACCUUGCUUAUGCUUACCCAAGCUAAUGAUUUAUAAAUUACAAUCAAUUAGACUUUAAUUAGCAGCGUGGUAAGGUUUUUUUUUUUUUUGGUUUUCUAAUUUUUGUUGUUGUUUGGUAAUUUAUUUUCCAAUCAGUUUGUAGUUUCUCUUGUCUCAUAAGAAAAGCAAGGAUUUGCCAAUUGGAUUUGCUCGUAUUUAUGUCAAA